AUGAAGAUCAAGGAGUGGAACUGCAGAAAGGUGAUGCUGUGGAGGAGUCUGUCGAGUAUCGCUAUUGCUUGGUUGGUCGAUUCCUUACAGACCGUAUGUUUCAAUGAGGAGUACUAUGGCAUCUGUUUGGCGUCCGAAGAAAGGACUAACGGUGAGGAGUUGGAACGACCAUAUGGCCCUUUUCUCAGAGCUCCAUCUCGGAAUAAUCCUGGUCUUGCCGGCGAUAGGUGGCUGCGGGGAUCAUCACUGGAAUCUUCAGAUUCUAAUUUUGGUAAGAAUGCAGGUUAUGACGGAGAGGAGGUACUUCCCAACGGUGGUGAAAAUCAUUCUUUAUCUAACAAAGGAAAAUGCGUGUCUCAAGGGUUAAUUUCAAUCAAUCCAACCUCCCAUGCAUUGCCACCUUUGCUGCCUAAUAUGAAGGAAAAUCCUUUAUUCAAGGAAGGCCUAGCUGGUGACUCCCAUAACAAGGAAAGUGAUGAGGAUCCGGGAAUUACCAUACUGGAGCAAAAAAGACGCAGGAAGAACAAUUACCUAGAAGUGAAUUUGAACAACCCGGUUCUUGAUUAUGAACCCAUGCAUGAUGAUCCAAAAAUGGGGCUGCAGUGGGCUCUGCCUUAUCAUGAAAAUUCCCCUAACAGCACAUGGGAUAGUUGGGACUACAAUCUUCUUGCUGAUCUUUUUAAUGAGGAAGACCAUGGGCAAAUCAUGAAAAUUCCCCUAACAGCACAUGGGAGGAGGAUCGAAUGUACUGGAUUCAUGACAAGAAGGGUGUUUACUCGGUCAGAAGUAGGUUUCCUUAAAUUAAAUAUUGAUGCAGCCAUCUUUGAAGACCAAGGGAAAGCUGGGUUAGGCCUAGUGAUUCGAAAUGACUUGGGUUCCUUUGUUGCUGCCAGAGUUGUUACUGUACAAGGUAUUGUCGACCCACUUCUAGCCGAAACUUUGGGGGUUCGUGAGGCUCUUUCUUGGAUUAAAUCUAAAUUUCUUGAAGUCCAAACCAUUGAGAUGGAUGCUCUCCUGGUUUAG